GCAUACUUCCGACAGGGUGUGGCCCUUCAGUAUCUUGGACGUCAUGCAGAUGCACUGGCAGCAUUUGCAUCAGGACUGGCUCAAGAUCCCAAGAGUCUUCAGCUUCUGGUGGGCAUGGUCGAGGCCGCCAUGAAAUCUCCCAUGCGAGAGUCCCUGGAGCCCACCUAUCAACAACUGCAGAAGAUGAAGCUGGACAAGAGCCCCUUUGUUGUGGUGUCUGUGAUUGGCCAGGAACUUCUGACCGCGGGCCACCAUGGGGCCUCUGUGGUGGUGCUGGAGGCUGCCCUGAAGAUCGGCACUUGCAGCCUAAAGCUGCGGGGAUCAGUGUUCUCUGCACUGAGCAGUGCAUACUGGUCCCUUGGGAAUACAGAGAAAAGCACUGGAUACAUGCAGCAGGACUUGGACGUAGCCAAGACUUUAGGUGACCAGACGGGAGAAUGCCGAUCCGCAUUCUUCUCCAAAGGAAAUUACCGGGAGGCCCUUACUAACCACAGACAUCAGCUGGUGCUCGCCAUGAAACUCAAGGACAGAGAGGCAGCGUCCUCAGCACUGAGCAGUCUGGGCCAUGUGUACACAGCCAUUGGGGACUACCCAAACGCACUGGCUAGCCACAAGCAGUGUGUCCUCCUUGCAAAGCAGUCCAAAGAUGAGCUCUCUGAGGCGCGGGAGCUGGGCAACAUGGGAGCAGUGUACAUUGCAAUGGGGGAUUUUGAAAAUGCGGUGCAGUGCCAUGAACAACAUCUUAAGAUCGCCAAGGAGCUGGGGAACAAGCGGGAGGAAGCUCGAGCCUACAGCAACCUAGGCAGUGCUUACCACUACCGGAGAAACUUCGACAAAGCCAUGUCCUACCACAACUAUGUGUUGGAGUUGGCCCAGGAGCUGGCUGAGAAGGCCAUUGAGAUGCGAGCUUAUGCUGGCUUGGGCCAUGCAGCUAGAUGUAUGCAGGAUCUGGAGAGGGCUAAGCAGUACCAUGAAGAACAGUUGCACAUCGCUGAGAGCCUGCAGGACCGAGCUGCUGAAGGCAGAGCCUCCUCUAAUCUAGGAAUCAUUCACCAGAUGAAAGGUGACUAUGACAAUGCACUACGGCUGCAUAAGACGCAUCUGUCCAUCGCUCAGGAGCUAAGCGAUUACGCGGCCCAGGGCCGGGCCUAUGGCAACAUGGGUAACGCUUACAACGCUCUCGGCAUGUAUGACCAGGCUGUCAAGUACCAUCGGCAGGAGCUGCAGAUUUCUAUGGAAGUGAAUGACCGUGCCUCUCAGGCAUCUACACAUGGGAACUUAGCAGUUGCUUAUCAAGCGCUGGGUGCCCAUGACCGUGCUCUGCAGCACUACCAAAAUCAUCUCAACAUUGCCCGGGAGCUGAGAGACAUCCAGAGUGAAGCACGGGCCCUCAGCAAUUUGGGCAACUUCCACUGCUCACGAGGAGAGUAUGUGCAGGCAGCCCCUUACUACGAGCAGUACCUGCGCUUGUCCCCAGAGCUGCAGGACAUGGAAGGGGAGGGGAAAGUUUGCCACAACCUUGGCUAUGCCCAUUACUGCCUUGGGAACUACGAGGAAGCUGUUAAGUACUACGAGCAGGAUCUUGCCUUAGCAAAGGACCUUCAUGACAAGCUGAGCCAAGCCAAAGCCUACUGCAACCUAGGCCUGGCCUUCAAAGCCUUGAUGGACUUCAGCAAAGCAGAGGAGUGUCAAAAGUACCUGUUGUCCUUGGCCCAGUCUCUGAAUAACUCCCAGGCUAAAUUCCGAGCUCUGGGAAACUUGGGGGAUAUUUUUGUCUGUAAAAAAGACGUAAAUGGUGCAAUAAAAUUUUAUGAGCAGCAACUGAGUUUAGCCCAUCAUGUUAAAGACAGGAGACUGGAAGCCAGUGCCUAUGCAGCCUUGGGCUCUGCAUACAGAAUGAUACAGAAGUGUGACAAGGCUUUAGGUUACCACACACAGGAGCUGGAGGUGUACCAGGAGCUGGGAGAUAUGCCGGGUGAAUGCAGAGCACAUGGUCACCUUGCUGCAGUGUAUAUGUCACUUGGGAAGUACACCAUGGCGUUCAAGUGUUACGAAGAACAGCUGGAGCUUGGGCAGAAGUUGAAGGACCCCAGCAUAGAAGCCCAAGUCUAUGGUAACAUGGGCAUUACCAAGAUGAACAUGAAUGUGAUGGAGGAAGCUAUUGGCUACUUUGAACAGCAGCUGGCCAUGCUGCAGCAGCUCAGUGGAAAUGAAUCCGUGUUAGAUCGAGGCCGAGCAUAUGGGAACCUGGGAGAUUGUUACGAGGCUCUGGGAGAUUUUGAGGAAGCUAUAAAGUAUUAUGAACAGUACCUGUCUGUGGCUCAAAGCUUGAACCGUAUGCAAGAUCAGGCAAAGGCCUACCGGGGCUUGGGCAAUGGGCACAGGGCUAUGGGAAGUUUGCAGCAGGCUCUGGUGUGCUUUGAGAAGAGGCUUGUGGUGGCACAUGAGCUGGGGGAGGCAUUUAACAAAGCCCAGGCCUACGGGGAGCUGGGGAGCCUGCACAGCCAGCUGGGGAACUACGAGCAAGCCAUUUCUUGCCUGGAGCGCCAGCUGAACAUUGCUCGAGAGAUGAAGGACCGAGCUCUGGAGAGCGAUGCUGCCUGCGGCCUUGGCGGGGUCUACCAGCAGAUGGGAGAGUACGACACAGCCCUGCAGUAUCACCAGCUAGACCUGCAGAUUGCGGAGGAGACCAACAACCCCACUUGCCAAGGCCGGGCCUACGGGAACCUAGGCCUGACCUAUGAGUCCUUGGGCACCUACGAGAGGGCAGUAGUUUAUCAGGAGCAGCACCUCAGCAUUGCAGCACAAAUGAACGAUCUUGUAGCCAAAACUGUGUCUUACAGCAGUCUGGGGAGGACUCAUCACGCCUUGCAGAACUACUCUCAGGCUGUGAUGUACCUGCAGGAAGGACUGAGGCUGGCAGAGCAGCUGGGACGCAGAGAAGAUGAAGCCAAAAUCCGCCAUGGCCUCGGCCUCUCCCUCUGGGCGAGUGGGAACCUGGAGGAGUCUCAGCACCAGCUGUACCGGGCCUCGGCACUGUUUGAAACCAUCCGACAUGAGGUGCAGCUGAGCACAGAUUACAAGCUGUCACUCUUCGACCUGCAGACAUCCUCCUAUCAGGCCCUGCAGCGGGUACUUGUCAGUCUCGGUCACCAUGAUGAAGCUCUGGCAGUAGCAGAGAGAGGACGAACGAGGGCGUUUGCUGACUUGCUCGUGGAACGCCAGACUGGGCAGCAGGACUCUGAUCCCUAUUCUCCAGUGACCAUUGACCAGGUCCUGGAGACAGUGAAUGGCCAGAGGGGACUUGUUCUCUACUACUCACUGGCUGCAGGUUAUCUGUACAGCUGGCUGCUGGCUCCUGGGGCAGGAAUUCUGAAAUUUCAUGAGUAUUAUCUGGGUGACAGCCUGACAGAAAAUGCCGGGGACUUCCAUGAAGCCAACAGCGUGACCCUGCAAACAAUAACAAACUCUGCACUGGAACAGUACAUCUCAAGUGUGCGGGAGGCUCUGGGUGUGGAUUCCUUCUAUACCCGAGCCUGUGCCAGUAGUGAGACUGAGAGUGAAGCUGGGGAUAUCAUGGACCAACAGUUUGAGGAGAUGAAUAACAAGCUGAACUCAAUGACUGAUCCGACUGGCUUCCUGAGGAUGGUCAGUAGGAACAAUCUCUUGAACAGGAGCUGUCAGAGCAUGACCAGUCUGUUCAGCAGUACCAUGUCUCCUGUUAAGGAUGGAACAUCAUCUCUUCCAAGGAGACAGACUUCCUUCACCAAGCCCCCUCUCCGUGCACUCUACGACUUAUUGAUAGGACCUAUGGAAGGAGGUUUGAUGCAUUCCAGUGGGCCUGUUGGCCGCCACCGCCAGCUGAUACUCGUUCUGGAGGGAGAACUGUACCUCAUUCCUUUUGCUCUUCUGAAGGGCAGUUCCUCCAAUGAGUACCUCUAUGAGCGCUUCAGCCUCAUUGCAGUGCCAUCCAUCCAGUCACUGAAUCCCGGCUCCAAGUCCCAUGCGAAGAAGAAUACUCCUGCUUACUCCAGUUCUACCUCAAUGGCAGCUGUCAUAGGAAAUCCCAAGCUCCCUUCAGCAGUUAUGGACAGGUGGCUAUGGGGACCUAUGCCCUCUGCAGAAGAGGAAGCAUAUAUGGUAUCUGAGUUACUUGGCUGCCAGCCCUUAGUUGGCAGUGCAGCAACAAAAGAGAGGGUCAUGAGUGCCCUCACUCAGGCAGAAUGUGUCCAUUUUGCAACCCAUGUCUCCUGGAAACUGGCUGCUUUGGUCCUGACACCUAACACUGACAGUAAUCCAGCCAGCAGCAAGAGUUCUUUUGGGAACCCCUACACAAUCCCAGAAUCCCUUCGGAUGCAGGAUGAUGCCAGUGAUGUGGAGAGCAUCUCAGACUGCCCUCCUCUUCAGGAGUUCCUGCUUACAGCAGCUGAUGUCCUGGAUCUGCGGCUUCCUGUCAAAUUAGUGGUUCUUGGCUCUUACCAAGAAUCCAACAGCAAAGUCACUGCUGAUGGAGUCAUUGGCUUGACAAGAGCAUUCCUGGCUGCUGGGGCUCAGUGUGUCCUAGUGUCACUCUGGCCUGUUCCUGUGGCCGCUUCCAAAAUGUUUGUGCAUGCCUUCUAUUCCUCCCUCUUAAAUGGGAUGAAAGCCAGUGCAGCCCUUGGAGAAGCAAUGAAAACUGUACAGAGCAGCAAGCAGUUCUCUCAUCCAUCCAACUGGGCAGCCUUCAUGCUUAUUGGGAGUGAUAUGAAGCUGAACAGCCCUUCUUCGCUAGUAGGACAGGCCCUGACUGAGAUUCUGCAGCACCCUGAAAGGGCACGAGAUGCUCUGCGUGUCCUGCUACAUCUGGUGGAGAAAUCACUGCAGCGAAUCCAGAAUGGGCAGCACAACUCAAUGUAUACCUCCCAACAAAGCGUGGAGAAUAAAGUAGGUGGCAUUCCAGGCUGGCAGGCACUACUCACUGCAGUAGGAUUUCGGUUGGACCCUCCAGCCAGUGGCCUCCCAGCAGCAGUGUUCUUCCCAACCUCUGACCCUGGUGACCGGCUACAGCAGUGCAGCACCACCAUACAGUCCCUCCUGGGUUUGCCUAACCCUGCACUUCAGGCACUUUGUAAACUUAUCACGGCUUCAGAAACAGGAGAACAGCUUAUCAACAGGGCUGUUAAAAAUAUGGUGGGAAUGCUGCAUCAAGUCCUGGUUCAACUUCAGGCAGGUGAGAAGGAGCAAGAUUUCUCCUCUGCACCAAUCCAGGUUUCCAUCAGUGUCCAACUCUGGAGGCUGCCUGGCUGUCACGAGUUUCUGGCAGCUCUAGGUUUUGACCUUUGUGAAGUCGGCCAGGAGGAGGUGAUUCUGAAGACUGGGAAACAAGCUAAUAGGAGGACCAUGCACUUUGCUCUACAAUCCUUGCUGGCACUUUUUGAUUCUACAGAGCUGCCUAAACGCCUUAGCCUGGACAGUUCCUCAUCACUAGAGUCACUCGCUUCUGCUCAGUCUAUUUCCAACCCUGUACCCCAGUAUCAAAACCCACCAUUCUCUCCUACUUGUCCAGACAGCAUUGCAUCAGAUGCCAUUUCUGUGUAUAGCCUGAGCUCCAUUGCUUCUUCCAUGAGUUUUGUUUCCAAGCCAGAGAGCAUGCCAGAUGGUGUGGGACACAGAGGACGCCAGGACUAUGAGAGGCCCAAGAACAUCUAUCCACACAGGUCUGCAGUACAGAGCCAGUUGUCACCACAAACCAGCACUGUAGCCAGCAAAGAUGAGGAAGAGUAUGAAGGUUUUUCUAUAAUCAGCAAUGAGCCUUUGGCCAGUUACCAAGAAAACAUAAAACCAAGAUUUUCCCCUGAUCACAAACAGCCCAAAACUGGUCAGACUGGAGGCAUUAAAGAGUCUGUCAACUCCAAAGGGAGCAUAAGCACCCCAAAUUCUCCGGUUAAAAUGACUCUUAUUCCCAGUCCAAAUUCACCUUUCCAGAAAGUUGGGAAACUUGCAAGUUCUGACACUGGGGAAUCUGACCAGUCUAGCACUGAGACUGACAGCACUGUCAAAUCCCAGGAAGACAGUAAUCCAAAGCUUGAUCCGCAAGAGCUGGCACAAAAAAUUCUGGAGGAAACUCAGAGUCACCUCAUUGCUGUUGAACGUCUUCAGAGAAGCAGCAGCCAGAUAAACAAGAGCAACAAUUCAGAUGAUGGGUCUUCCACCCCAGGAGGUGUGUCUGCUUUCAGAUCUUCAGAGACUAGUGCAUUCAGUCGGCCAAUCAGCUCUAGUCAGAAGAAUCAGUCUUCACCUCUUGCAAUUAAACCAAAGCCUCCAACAAGGAGUUCGUCCCUUCAGAAAGUGAGUUCUGGCUAUAAUAGCCCUACGACAUCGGAGAUGUCAAACAAAGAAGGCUCAGGCCAAUAUAGUGGGCAGCCAUCUCCAAGUUGUGAUUCACACGGGUCCUUAACUGAGCAGCCUCACUUUAAACUCAAGUACCCCAGCUCUCCCUACAGUGCUCAUAUUUCUAAAUCACCCAGAAAUAUCUCUCCAAGCUCAGGGCAUCAGUCUCCUGGUGGCAGCACUCCAUCUCCUGCUCUUUCUUAUUCCUCAGCUGGUUCUGCUCGCUCAAGUCCAGCUGAUGCCCCAGACAUAGACAAAUUAAAAAUGGCUGCCAUUGAUGAAAAAGUGCAAGCAAUUCACAACUUAAAGAUGUUCUGGCAAAGCACUCCCCAUCACUCCGCUGGCCCAAUAAAGAUUCUCCGAGGAGCUCCUGGAACAAUGACAUCUAAGAAAGAUGUCCUCAGCUUGCUCAAUUUAUCUCCGCGGCACAACAAAGAAGAAAGCGCAGAUAAGCUGGAACUGAAGGACCUGUCUAUUGAGCAACACCUUGCUUCUCCACAAAAGAACCCUCCAAAUGGACACAGGCGCCCUGAAACUACAAAUGCAGUGACAUCAACUCAUUCUCCACCUUCCAGUAGCACUCCAGGAACUGCACGCCCCUUGAGGCUGCCAUCUGGGAACGGUUAUAAAUUUUUGUCACCGGGAAGAUUUUUUCCUUCCUCCAAAUGUUGA